UUAAAAAUAAAAAUAAUUUAUAAAUAAAUAAAUUAUUUUAUUUAAAAAUAAAAAUAUGCCGAUCGAACAUAAUGGAUAUCAUCUUGGACGAGGAUGUCUCGUUAAAAAUAAACCUCAAAUGCAACAUUUAUAUUGUACGAGUCGUGGACUGGGCCAAUGUGAAGUAACUGGACAACUGAAUUUGAACACUCAUGAAAUUGUCAUUACUGGUGAUCAUAAUCAUCCACCUGUCAAGUACGAAAAGCAGGUCCAGGAGUUCAAAGAUGAUAUGAAAGCUCGAGUUGAAACAUCAUUUAGAUCACCUAAAUCCAUUUAUGAUGCCAUUUCAUCAUUACCCAGGUAUUCAGAAGUUGCUCAAUUUUAUCCAUGGGACACAGCAAAAUCAGGAUUAUAUAAAUUGAAAAAACAACUACCAACUAUCACAAGAUUUUGUCAAGUUGAACCAGUCCUCAGUCGACCCCAAUUGUCUUCUAUAUCAAGGCAUGAAAAUGCUGAAUUAUGGACUACUAAAAUACAUAGUUCAACUGGUGCACAAGCCCUGAUAAUCGGAGAUGAAAGAUUGGCCUUGGGUUUGAAUCCAACUUACAUAUUUCUGAGUACAACUCGUGGUGUAUUGCCAACAACUGAAAAUACACAAGAAGUGUUAUUUUUAAUGGGAAAAUUUGAAAACCACGUAUUUUUAAUUGCAUCUGUUCUUUUAACUCACCAUCAACAAGAACUCAUUAAUAUGGCAAUACAAACAUUACAACAAAAAUACUUGACAAGACCAGAAAAUAUUUUGAAAAUUAGUGGAUCUGUUGAUUUGGUUAAUGCAGCUUCGCCUAUAUUUACAAAUGCUGAAAAAAAAGUUUCAUUUUAUGAAAUUAAUAAGUUCUUGAUAGGAACUGCAAUUGCAGAAGGCAUUGAUGUUGAAAACAACGAAAAUCAAGAAAUAUUACUCAAGUUGGCUUGUGUAAGCUUACUGCCACCUGAACAUGUUGGUCCAGGAAUCAUGUUAAUUAAAUCUCCACUUGAAGGAGCCUUGUUGACUUUGACACAUCUUUAUUGGAAUAAAUAUAGAUCUGUUCUAAAUGAAAAAUCAUGUUAUAAAGAUAUUGAUUCAUUCGAUGAUGCUGCUUGGCUUCAUUGCUGUAAAAGGCAAACAUUACAUAAUAAAAGACAUGAAGUCAUUUUUUGGGAAUAUUUUCAUAUAUCUUUGGGGAUCACAGAAGACCAACACCUUGAAAAAAUGAAAAUACAAGAACGAAAAAGAGUUGUCAAAACAUUACCUCUUCGUUCUUGUUUAAAUACAAAACCCAGAGACAGUAAAUCACAAAAAAUUCAACGGCUGUGGACUAUGUAUGAAAAUAAACAAGUCAAUCUUGAAAGAUUUUUAUUUUUGGCAAUGCAACAUGCCAACGGAUUUUUUAAAAAUCUAAUAUACAAUAAAUCAGCAUUUUUGGGACCAACAUUUCCAAUUCGUGUAAAUGAAGUACCAACAGUUCCAGUUGUUGAAGAACCAACUGUACCAGUUGUUGUUCCAGUUGUACCAGUUGCUGAAGAAGUAACUGUUCCAAAUGUUGAAGAACCAACUGUUCCAGUUGUUGAAGAACCAACAGCUGUAUUUGUUGAAGAACCAACAGCUUCAGUAGCACAUACAGCUGUUGUAACACGUGAUGAAAACUCUGAUGAUGAGAGUAACUCUGAGUUGGAGAGUGAAGAAGAAGACGUGGACUCAGAAGAAGAUAACGAAGUUUAUGAUUUAACAAAUUAUGACCUCAGUUGUCAUCAAUGCAAAAUUAAACGUGCUGAUCACAUCAACAAUCCAUGUGGCCAUUUGUUGUAUUGUCAACGUUGUGUUUGUUUCCUUGUUUCUAAAACAAGAACUGAAGACAUACGUUUAAAUUGUCCAGUUCAACAAUGUCAUAAACAGUUGACAAACUUUACAAAAAUAUUUGUUCAAGAAGCUGAAGAGGAAGAAAAAUCAAUAAUUUGUAAUAUGUGUAUGUCAAGACCAAUAAGUAAAAUGGGCACACAAUGCAAGCAUCUUUCAGUAUGCACCACUUGCUGGAACAAAUGGGCAGUUACAAGUAGUAAAAUGUAUGGUGGUCAAGUUCGUUGCCCAAGUUGCAAUAUUGGAAAUUUUUUUACUCGUGAAAUAACAAUUCGUGAAAAAUCAGAUAAUUGAACAAUUUUUUUGUCAUAUGAUAAUUGAUAUG